AUGUCUACUCCCGAGAGUAGUAGUAAUGCCUCAUCAGUCAGAAGUGAUAAGAACGAGGCCGCCAGAUCUAUCAGAACAACGGGAAGUGAUCACAGAAGUAAUGAUGCCAGCGAAUCAGGAGAUAAUGGCCAGGAAAAGGAGUCCGACACACCUAGGGUUCAUUUCCGAUCAACCACCAACUUCUCGCGCGAUGUACCUCGGCAAUCAUCGAAAGAUGAUAUACAUGCCAAGUGGGAGAAGUUUCAGAAAGAAGACCAGCCUCAUGUUCCUUCAAGACCUUACGCUCAUGAAUCGGCAGAUAUUGCCGAUACGCCCCUGGGGAAUCAAUCACAACCCUCCCAAGAAGAUGGCGUGGCACCCGAUGAAAAGACUCAAGAACAAACCUCAGAGCAAGACAAUAAUAUGAGAGCCAUUCCGGAUACCCUCAACUUCAGCAGCGCAAAGACUCGACUUCGCUCUGCAACUGCGACAUUCAAGCAGAGGGCACGGGUUUGGGGUGAGCGAAUGGGACGCCCUACACAUGGAGGCGAUGAUCUGGGGUCUGGUAUGUACCAAGCAGACUGGGCCACCGGCAGUGAACCGCCACUGUCCGACGUGACAGACGAUAAGCACAAGACUUAUGAGCAAAAGCGUCAGCACCACGCAACAAGUAGUUCCGAGGCCCACCGACUCGUGCGCGACUUGACACAGGAUCACUCUGCCAAGCGACGCAAAACCCGCGGCAGACCCUAUCCCCAUACCGGUAACGAAUUUGUAGGAAGUGAGGAUGAAUCGAGCAUUGAAUCAGGACUGCGAUAUCGAUCCGGAGGUGGCGGAGUCCUAUCUCAGUUGAUCAAACUUCAGGGUCCUCAGGGACAAGGCAGCGCCUCCAGGACUCCAAGCCAGUCAUCCAUAGAGUCUACAUCUAGUGCAGCAACCUCAACGAGUUCUGGGACAACAUCAAAAAAAGAUAAACCGAAAUGGUACAAAAAGCCACCCAACACAUCGACGUCCACGUUGGUCGGAGCAUCGGGCAGCAUGAGUGGAGCGAGUACACCAGUCACAAGCGAGGUAAUGUCGGCUGCUUCAAAACGUCGUGGAAAGCAAUCUGAUCGCAAGGUCCGACUUGAAGACGAAAUUCGAGUGACAAUCCACAUAGCGGAGAUUAUUUGUCGCCAACGAUACAUCAUGCAACUCUGUCGAGCAUUAAUGACCUUUGGAGCUCCAACACAUCGACUGGAAGAGUACAUGCAAAUGACAGCUAAGGUGCUCGAAGUUGACAGCCAGUUCCUAUACCUCCCAGGAUGUAUGAUUAUGUCGUUUGAUGACCCGUCGACAAGAACGACCGAAGUGAAGCUUGUGCGAGUUGCACAAGGGGUAGAUCUGGCACGACUAUCAGAUACCCAUCUGAUCUACAAAAAUGUGAUUCACGAUGUGAUUGGCAUUGAAGAAGCAGUUCAGGAGCUAGACGACGUGAUGAAGAAGAAGCCUCGCUAUAACAAGUUCAUUGUGGUACUUGUAUAUGGACUCGCAACUGCAACUGUGGGACCCUUUGCGUUCAACGCCCGACCCAUCGAUAUGCCAAUCAUUUUCAUCAAUGGAUUACUUGUGGGUGCUAUGCAGCAUCUGGCAGCACCUCGAUCGGUUCUUUAUUCAAAUGUAUUCGAAGUGACCUCGACGGUGCUGACAUCCUUCCUCGCCCGUGCCUUUGGAAGCAUUCCUCAAUCAGUCACCGAUGGGAAAAGACAAUAUUUAUUUUGUUUUUCAGCCAUCGCUCAGGCAUCCAUUGCAUUGAUUCUACCCGGGUUCUUGGUACUCUGUAGCAGUCUGGAACUACAAUCCCAUCAAAUCAUCGCUGGUUCUAUCCGAAUGGUAUAUGCCAUUAUCUUCUCUCUGUUCAUUGGGUACGGAAUCACCGUCGGUACCACUAUCUAUGGUCUUUUGGACAAAGGAGCAGUAUCAGACCUUACUUGCCCAAAGACGGGGGCAUUUCCAAACCCAUAUGUUGCUCGAUUUCCUUUUGUGAGCAUCAUGACUGUGUGGCUUCUGAUCAUCAAUCAAGGCAAAUGGAAGCAGCUCCCACCAAUGACUAUCAUUGCAAUGUCGGGUUAUACCACCAACUACUUCAGCACCAAGAGACUGGGAUCGAAUUCGCAAGUGGCCAAUACAGUUGGUGCGUUCACCGUAGGCAUUAUGGGAAACCUUUACAGUCGAUUUUGGCACGGACAUGCGGCUACAGCUAUCUUGCCAGGGAUCUUUAUUCUUGUUCCCUCGGGACUUGCUGCUACUGGAUCAUUGAUCACAGGUGUACAGUCGGCAGACGAGAUUCGUCAAAAUGUAUCCUCUCAUUCUUCCCCGAGUACUACUCCUGGUGCUGGACUCUCCAAUUCAUCUGUCUUCACUUUGGGAUUUGGCAUGAUUCAAGUCGCGAUCGGGAUCACCAUUGGGCUAUUCAUCGCGGCUUUGAUCGUUUAUCCGUAUGGAAAGCGGAGGAGUGGACUGUUUAGUUUCUAA